AGUUGGAGGGAGGUGAGGAGGGGUCAGAGUGGCGGCCUCCACGAGGCGCGGAGCGACUCAACGCCGCCUCGGACGGCGGUGCUGACGACGGCUGCCCUGGUGCUGACGACGGCUGCCGUGGUGCUGACGACGGCUGCCGUGGUGCUGACGACGGCUGCCGUGUGUUGGUGCCCGGAGCACUGGUACCCAGUGGGGUAGCUGCGCACAGUGUUUCCCGGCGAGUGAGCGGGGACGCUGAUCGGACCCCGAGCGAGAGGCGGGCAGCGUCGGUGUCGGCAUGAAUGAGUCCUGCGUGAGGGGGGCCACCCCUGCCCGGCCUGGCACGAGCGUGCCCCCCGGGCACGUGCUCAUCAGCGAGAAGUGGAGGGGAACGCAGGUGGCACAGGCGCUAUCCGGAAAGGUGCGACUUGUGUUCGAGGAGGCGAUGGGCCUCACGGACUUCCAGCUCUCGGACCGCACCUGCCUCCUGUUCAUCACAGAGAGCGACCAGGUCACCGGCUCCGACUACAAGCGCAGGCUCGUGCGCUUCCGAAAGAAGAGCGCCGCUAACUCCCUGGUGCUGGUGGAGCUGACGCCGCUGAGCGAGCAGUACUUUGCCGACGUGCAGGCCUUCGUGGUGCUCGACCUGGGCAUGGCCAUCGUCCCGGUGAGCGGCCAGGCCGAAGCAGCGCUCGUCGUCGCCCACCUGGUGGCCGAGGAAGGCAAGAGUCCCGGGACUAACCCCUUCUCCCCCUCGCGGGGCGCGCCGGGCUCUGGCGACGCCGCCGUUCUCGACUGCGUCACGCACAUCCCGGGCAUCGGGCGCGUGAAGGCUCUGGCGCUACUGGAGCGCUUCCCAAGCCUGCACGCGCUGUCCACCGCCUCCGAUGAGCAGCUCGCCGUCGCGGUCGGCCGAGGGGCUGCCGCCAGCGUCCGGGCGUUCUUCACGCAGCGCACGGGGCCCUGAUGGCAGGGAGGGCCUCUCACGUCUGGACACUGGGGGGGUGAGAAGACACAAGAGACCCCUCAACCCUUCACAUGUUCACCUGAAGAUUCUCAGAUGAAAAUCUUCCCCUCGUGGCAGCGCCUAUUCUUGUGCAGUGAAGGUACCCCAGCAGAAGCCACAGAAGUUGGAAAAGUCCACAGUCAAGUGGCCUCCCACUUGGAAGCUCCCUUGGCCACGCCGGCAGAGCAGAGGUCGCAACCGGGUACCCGAUACCCGUACCC